UUUGCCGAUCCUUUAUCCAAUGAUAUAGAUGCUUUUUCGAUAUAAAGGCAAGACACCGCGAAGUUCAAAUCAUACAACACUCGACUCAUUCAAGAAGAGAAAUCACAACUAUGGCUGUUCUAAGAAUUUUGUGGAUUCUGUUGUGUUUUGUUGCUGUUGUCAACAGUCAGAUUUGUGCAUCAGAGGCUAAAACUGAAGAUCCAUUUCAAGGAAAAUUAGAAGAUGAAAAGGGCUAUCCAAAAGCUGAAAUAGAAGGUGCUUAUGAGAAGUUAGACAGGGACACAAAAUCACUGAUCGAUAAAGACGCCGCUGAAAUGGCAAGUUUGAGCAAACUGGAAUUUUUUCCGUCUGUUUCGCAAUUUUCAUUAUCCCUUUGCCCUCACAAAUUUGUCACAGUCUAUCCAAGAGGAUGGCAUUUUCUAAGCAGUAGUCUAGGAAAGUGUUGGAUUCUCAAUAGAUGGUGGAAUACCCCACUGUCAUACGCUGUGUGCUCAACAAAAUCAUGCGUAGGCCUACCUUGUUCUGCUAAGAACUAUCGUUGUACACCAUCGAACUACAAGGGCUACGUAGCUUGGACCUAUUGUCCAGGAAAAGGAUUCGGUAAAAGAUGGUUUAAAUUGCCUCAGUGUUGUGAAUGUCAAAGAUUUAAAUGUUGAGAGAAAGUGAGACAGACAGACAGAGAAAAUUUUGAUUGAAACAAAGACCUUCCUGUAUCAAUUAGAAAUGAUGAAUAGAAAAUAAAAUAUCAAUAUAA